UAACACGGUGGUUGCUAAGCGACAGACACACGCAAGUAUGACAGGUGCUGUUCGGUCGGCGCAUUAAUAUUCAAAUUAACCGUUAGCUUCUCAGCCACAACUUCCGCUAAUUCGUCAGGAUGCAGGCUACGGGGAAUUGUCAGCUCUUGUCCCGCUGGCUGUUGCCGUGGUGACCGGUGUGGAGAUAAUAGCAGUUAAUGAGAUAUUAACCCCGAAUAAGGAAGAAGACAGGAAGUGAUGAGCGUCUGCGGGAAAGACUAAAGACAGGAUUCGUCAAUGGAUGACCCCUUCCUGAUCAAUAUUGUUCUGUUAUUCGCCGUAGGUAACAAGCAGCGCGACCCCGUCCCUUUGAGACUGACAAGCACUCACGAUGAGAGAUGGAAAAUGGAGACGAAAAGGGAAUGAAAUGAGAAAAGUAGAAGAAUUAGAGACAAAACAAAAGACAAGGAAAUAACCACAAUCAAAGGAUGGCGCCGGCAAGCGUCUCCCUCCGAGUCCUUGCACACCAAUCUCGUCAUCCCAGAGGUUCAAAGAUGAAGAUUGGUGAGCUGAAAGAUGGAGAAAUGGAUGGAUUCAAUACUGCAACUUUCCAGGAGGUUAACAAGAUAUCAGGAUGUCUAAAGCAGCAGAGGAGGAGAACCCUGGGGCUGACUAUCCAGGGGACAGUUCAGACUCCGACAGAAACAGCCCCGAUGACCAGAUCCAACCAAUGAAAACCAGCCCCUUCAGCCUUUCUCCCACGCCGGCUGGCACUAAGGGAAAGACUGAGGAGAGCUCUGAGAUGGCACAUAGCACCGUUGCUCCUCCUGCACCUCCUCCUUCCCACCAACAGCAACAGACCCAGCACCACCACACACAGCUGAUGUUGGCUGGCAGCCAGCUCGCAGGGCUUGCCGCUCUCCUACCGGCUCAGCAGCAGCUGCUCCUCCAACAGGCUCAGGCUCAGCUCCUGGCGGCCGCCGUCCAGCAGUCAAACGCUGCCCACGCCGCUCACGCUGCCCACGCCGCCGCACAACAUCAAGCCAACCAGCAGCAGCAGCAGCAGAACCAAUCACAAUCCCAGCAGCAACAGCAGCAGCAACAGUCAACCAAACAGGAGCAAACUGUCCAAGCCCCACCACAGCUGGCUCUAUCGCAGCCAAUCCAGCUCACAGCCCAGGACAUCCAGCAGCUGUUGCAGCUCCAGCAGCUGGUUUUGAUGCCAGGUCAUCAUCUCCAGUCUCCUGCCCAGUUCCUCCUGUCUCAGCCAGCACAGGCCCAGCAGCAGCAGCAGGGUUUGCUCUCAACACCAAAUCUGAUCCAGCUACCUCAGCAAAGCCCAGGGGGACUACUGACAACCCCACCUCGCCUGGGACUCCAAGCACAGAGGGAGAAGAGCGGCGAUGUCGUCGGUGGAAGCAGUGGUGCGGGCGGCUCUGUAGUCGCCACCAGCAGCAGCGGUGUCGGUGUUGUGACAUCCGUAGGAGGAGGAUCAGCAUCCAGCAGCACCAUGGCUUCCUCACUGACAUCCUUGACUUCCGGAGGUCACGGGGGUCACCUGGGGGAAGAGCCCAGCGACCUGGAGGAGCUGGAGCAGUUUGCCCGCACCUUCAAACAACGACGCAUCAAGCUGGGAUUCACCCAGGGAGACGUCGGCGUGGCUAUGGGCAAACUGUACGGCAACGACUUCAGCCAGACCACCAUCUCCCGAUUUGAAGCACUCAACCUGAGUUUUAAGAACAUGUGCAAGCUGAAACCGCUGCUCGAGAAGUGGCUGAGUGACGCAGAAACCAUGGCAGUGGACAGCAUGCUGCCCAGCCCAUCCUCUCUCUCCUCCCCCAUGUUGGGACUCGAGGGUCUACCCGGCCGACGCAGGAAGAAGCGCACCAGCAUCGAGACCAACGUGCGAGUGAUUUUAGAGCGCAACUUUAACAUGAACCAGAAGCCUACCUCGGAGGAGAUCCUGCUCAUGGCGGAGCAGCUCAACAUGGAGAAGGAAGUGAUUCGUGUUUGGUUCUGCAACCGCAGGCAGAAAGAGAAACGCAUCAACCCCUCCAGCAGCACCACCCCUCCCCUGCCCAGCCAGACCUCGCCUGUUGUGACGCACAAAGCCCCCUGCUACAGCCCGCACAUGAUAUCCAGUCAUGGUCUGUCCCAGGUCACCACCAGCCUCAGCACAACAGCUGCCAGUUCAUCACCGUCAGCAUCCUGCCCCAUGACUCCCGUCAGCUCAGCUGCGAUAGGCUCCACCUCCUCUGCUGUGACUCCGCCUCCUCAUAGCACAGCCAGCCCCGCCCCAGCCAGCCUCGGGGCCCACGGGCUCAACACUGGGAACACAAUGAUGGGAGUAAGCACAGGGAUGAACCAGGCCCUCAUUGGCAGCAAUCCCCUGGCUACCAUGCAAGCCCUGGCAGCCAGCGGUGGUCAGCUGCCCAUCUCAAGCCUCGAGGGGGCAGCGAGUCACAUGCUUCUGGGCGGACCUGGGGGUCCAGCGGUCCCCGCUUCCCUCCGCCAGUCCCUCUUCCUCAACCGCCCCACCCUCCUCCCCAUGGUGACCGGAUCCAUGGCGACAGCCUCCACGCAAGCCAUGGGACUGGUAAGUGGCGGCAGCAGCAGUGGGUGCGGCCUGAGGCCUCCGUUCUCCCAGUCUCCACCCCCUGGUGCGAGCGACCUCAUGAGCCCGACCUCGUGCCAUGAGGACUCGGCGUCUCCUUGCUCAAGCCCCGCCUCGUUCUGUUCCUUCAGCGAAGCCUCCCCGCCGCCCCUGGGAGGGGCCAUGGCCGAGUGAUCCCUGACUGACAGCCAAAGUAUCCUAUCAGGAGGACGAGGAGGAGGAAGAGGAGGAAGCAGAGCGUUAAAGGAGCUUUAAGAAUCUAAAUUUACAACCUCGCCUUUCAACCAAAGCCAUCUCUCUGUCUGAUCCAUCUCUGAUUUCAUCUCUCUCUUUCUCCGCCUCCCCGCUGAAAUCUUCUGAAGCCAAAAAUAUACACAGAUGGAUGAGGGGAGGAAGCAAAGAGAGAGGGAGGAUGGAGAGGAUAGAGAGAACUGCAGAACGGAGGGGGGGAAUCUGAAACCAAAUAAUGAUCUUUAGCUGGAGAGGUGGCACUGAGGAAACGGACACCACGCUUUUUAUCAGCUGGAGAGAACAAAUGAACUCUUUGAGGGCAGGGAUGAGAAGCGAGACUGUGUGUGAGACAUGGGAGGCAAAAAGAAAAGACUUGUUUAACAAGCUUGGAGGGUCAUGUGGUUGCAACCAAAUAUAAAAAAAAACAAAAACAAAGAAAAGACGCUCAAAGAGAAACACACUUAGAAAGAUGAAAACCAAAAUCUCCAAAUACCAAAAACUGAAAACCAAAAAAGACAUAAAAACAACAAACGGAGAGAAAAGCUUUAGAUUCUGAUCUGUCCCGGAUCAGUUCAGCACUCCACUCAUGACAAACAUUUUCCAUGUCAGUCAGGAUUUUCCAUUAUUCUCAUUUUUCAGUUCAAGAUUUACAAAACAUCUAUUUUUCUAUGAUUUUAUAUUCACCGCUUUUAAUACGUAAGAUUAAUUUUUACAGCUGGUCCCACCUGCAGAAUAUCUACCUACCUCUUUACAGCUUUACAGUGUGAACCCACCAUCCAUCAGAACAGACGGUGUUUGUUUUAGUCAGCCUGGGGUGGCAGACGGGUGGGGUUUACCACUAUAAUUACUAUAGCAUCAGGUAAGGUGCCAAUCCAUACAGACCACAGUAUAAAAAUAACUUUUACCGUGUUCUCCUGUGAAUGCUGGAGCUUUUUGGUAUUCAUGAAACGCUACUCUGUGACUUACCCACUCGUCUGGCACGUGAAAAGGAUGAAAUCAACUAAACAUGUUGGUAAAAUUCCGUUUGACCCGCAGGUAGAAAGUGGUUGUUUAGCUUUAAUGUCAACUUUAAAGAUCGACACGGACUUCGGGGAUUAUUUACAUCUUAAUUUUUUUCGUUGGAAAACAGCAUUUCUGUCAGGAUUUUCAUUUCCAUUAUCGUCGUCAUCGUCAUCAUCGAUAUUCUCAUUGUUUGUUCAGACUACACAGAGGAAACACACCACAGGCAGAUGUGGACAGUCUUGGGAUUAUUUCUCUCAGCAUUAUUUGCCGUCUUUUAUUUAUUAUCGCCUCAUACACACCCAUCCCAUCAUCAUGUCAUCCUCCAGACUGCUCAUCCACCACCAGACAGUCACUCUUGGAUACCAAAGCAUCGCCUCUGGCUGCGUUGUCUCUGGAUUCGCCCGGGAGACGAGUGUCCAGACAAAACCUCAGCAGUGUCAAAGGAAAACACACACACACACACACACACACACACACUACAAGCAUAAGAAAGAGUCCAAACCAAAAAAAAAAGAACAAAAGAAAGAGGUGAAGCACCGGCGUUCCCCUUACUGCCCCCAGACCCCUGCCCUCCAUCCCUCCCUCCCAUCUGCCCCUCUCCUUUGUCUCCAAAGAUCAGAUCAAAGGGCCAAAAGAAAAGAGGAGAAGAAGAAGAGGAGGAGAAGGAGAAGCGGUCAGGAGCGGAGGAGCCAAAGGUAUGAAAAGCUGCAGGGGGAAAGCAUGAAGGAGAGGAAGGAGAAGAAGAGGAGGAGGAGAAGAAGAAGGAGGAAGAGGAGCAGGAGGAGGUGCGCUCGAAGCGGCGGACCAAAAAACCAAAAAGUAACCCAAAACCAAAAGCUACUACUACUGCUACUAGUUAUGUAUGAGUGACUGAACUGUAACUAAACCAAAUACAAACAAAGAGGGGGAGGACGAGGGGAGAGAAGGGGGGAGGAAGGCCCUGUCUGUCUGUCCGUCUUUAGCUGUGAUUGCUGUUCUUGUAUCGACAGACAGAAAUCGUUCCCUCUCACCCUCCGCCAGCGACCUCGGCUUUGUUCUCACUUUCUUUUUCCUGGAUGGAUAAAAUAUGGAAUAACCUCAACAAAAACUGACUUUGAGAAUAUAUAUAUUUUUGUUUUUGCUUUCCAUAGUGUGUCUGUUAAUGAUGUAUGGAUUCGUCUCAUUGCUUUCUACUUAUUAUGCGGCGGGAGGGAGGGAGGGAGGGAGGGACUGGGGGAGGGAGGGGAGGUGGCGGGUUUCGGCGACACGUUGUCUAUUUUCAUAUCUUCUUGUCUCUUCGGUUGUGCUCCGGGUUUUUUCUUUUUUUUUUUUUGUUUUCGUCAUGGUUGGAAAUAGCUGUGAAAAUGUAGCUUCCAAGAUACAAAAAAAAAAACUUUUUUUAGUUGAUCCAGAAUGUUGUGAAAAAGCCAAAACUGAAAACCAAAACUUUUUAGACAUACAACCAAACCAAAUAGAACAACCAAACCAAUGCACAAGCUGUACGAGUGGCUCAGCUGGUGUGUGUGUGUGUGUGUGUGUGUGUGUGAGAGAGAGAGAGAGUGUGUGUGGGUGUGUGUGUGUGUUUGUGUGAGCAUGUGUCAGUAUAAAGUUAAUUCUCUUGCAUACAAACUAAAAACACAAAACACUGUUUUCUGUUACAGAAACAUGUAAUAAUGUCGCUCGAUGCUUCAGAAGCUGAACUCGGCUCAUUUUCAACCUGGACCUGUUUCACACACGUCGUCUCCAACGUGAAGCGAUCAAAGAAAGAUCAACACGCGAAGCAGCUUCUUCAACGUUCAUGCGACAUUUAGUAUAUGAGUUUAUUUAUGCUCUUAUAGCUUUCAUCAUUUAUUGUUCCAUUGUUUUACCUAACAGCUGAGAUAUCAGUCGUAUCUUUUUAAAGAAACAACCAGAGGAGGAGCGUUCCAUCAUUACACUGGUGGUUUAAUACAACCGAAUCAACUCUGAUUGUUUUAUUACUUAACAGGAAUCCACUGGUUUCUAUUUAUAUCGACAUUAACGUGUAAAAGAUGAGUGUAGCAUUCUUUAAAUUCAACCUAAUCACCAGAAUAAAUGUUGGAAAUAUACAUUCUGCAAACCAUUGAAAUGCUGAAACUUAACAUUUAUUUAGGUACGGUUAUAUUUUUUCAUGUUGUGACAACACUGUGCUUAUGGUCUAGUUAGGUUUAGGCACAAACACCACUUGGUUAAUUUUGGAAAACAUCAUUUUAUCAUAUUUAGGCUUAAGAAUAAAUUGUCUUCACAAACACGGCUUGCGAUGUCAACAGAUAGAUGUAUUUAACUGAUGUAAAAUACAUCAGGAUGAUCUUAAGUUGACUCUAAAAUCUUUCAUUUUCCCUGAAUGCGUCACCAAGGAGGAGUUUUUAUGGAACAGUAUCAACACAUUUGCCUAUAAAAAUGUUCACUGUGAUCAAGAAAGAAAAGUCUGUUUUCAUAUCGUGCUGACAGUUCGGUCACCAGGACGGAAAAAUCUCUAAACCCAGUGGAAUACUUUGAUUUUUCAUUUGAUUUCGAGCUAAAUGUCGAUGAACGACGGAGGAGAACGAGGCCCAGGUUGAAACCAGAGCUGAGCUUUGAUAACAGGCGCUGAAGGCAACCAGUGAUGAAGAUGAUAUGGGGGGAGGGACGCUGACGUCUGAGACAGAUUAAAGGCUGUUAACGUCCACUUUUAGAGGGAAUGUAUCCAUUAGUUCUUCUAGGUUUUUGUAGGGGGAAAAUAAUCUAUGUUCAACUGCUCUUACUUGUUGCUGAUGUAUAAAAGGCUGGGACUAUUAUCCUUUGAUGAUGACGACCGAAGACGAUGACUUGAUUUAAGAACCAAAAGCUUUAAAACUCUUUAUCUCUCACGGGCUCUUUGUUGGAAAAAAAAUAUUUGUAUUUAUUGUAUGAGGGAGGUGUGUGCUUUUUUCGGGGAUUGGGGGAAAAAAACGGUCCGUUUGUAUUUAUGAACCUCUUUGUCUCUCACCUUGUUUAUUUAUUGAUUCUUUAUUUAUGUAUUUAUUGGAUUUCUAUUUAUGUCUUUCUGGAUCUUUGUAAUAGUUUUUUCAGGGGUUGCUGUGAGGCUUGUAUCUGCAGAGAGGGGUGUUCUUGAGAUCAAGACAAGAAGAGAAGAUGCCAAACGAAUGUUUUCAAAGGAAAAAAAAAAUACACACACAAACCUAAAGACUGUUGUGACCUGAGACAGAGAGAGAAAGUAGCGGGGAAACUGUGACGGAGGAAAAUGGCGUGUUUAAAUUAUGAUCAUCAUGAAAAAGUUGUGUUUUGAUUCAGAUUUCAUGCAGAAACUGGAGUGUGUGCGACUGUUUUAUCGUCUCCAGUCGGUGAUUUUUACAGCCCAGUAACACUGAUUUACUUAAUUAUUGUAUUUUGUCAGGUUGCACCAGCUCUUUGUUAGCGCGCAGUUAGUUUAGCUUGUUUAAUUAGUGAGAGGUUUACACAUUACUACAUUAAAACUGGUCGUCCCACAGAAACCGGAUCUUAUCUAGAGAUCUCUGGUUAGAAAAUGUUUCUAUCCUGUAACUGCCGGCUAACAGACUGAAUGGUAACGGAAGAUGCAAACGUUGCUAAUUCAUUAGCCGUAGAGAUUGAUGAGUACUGAGCAAACCUGAAAAGUUUUAUAAGUGUUAUUACAUUCAAACGUGAGCUGGUAGAUUUUUAAUUUAGAAAUUUU